CAUGUUUGCCUGCAUGUGAGAUAGUGAUAAGAACACCUAAGCCAGGCAGUGAUACUAAAAAUUAAAUCUAGGUCAAAAAUGGUUUUAUUGACUUGACGCUAGAAGAACUUUUAUUUUUGGCACCCUUCUGUGAAAUAUCUAACAACUAGUGUUGGGCCUUUGUCAAUGGCUUUGAAAUUUCUGUGGGGGCCAGCUAUAUAAAAACAUCUAACGUCGCAUUGAGGAAACAGUGCAAAUUCUAUUUCGAUUCAAAAACAAAACAAAAAUGUUAUUGCGUUCUAUUCUAAUGGCCUUGUGGGUGGCCCAAAUAUCCUGUGACGAUACCCGCAUCAUUGGUGGUGAAUUUGCCUCUGCCGGCCAAUUUCCCUAUCAGGUCUCCUUGCAAAUGAAGGGUCGCCAUCACUGUGGAGGCUCUUUGAUUUCGGAGAAUUUCAUAGUAACUGCUGCCCAUUGCACCAUUGGUCAAAAUCCUGCUAAUAUGAAGGUGGUGGUGGGCACCACCGAUCUGCUCUCGGGAGAGGGUAAAACCUACAAUGUGGCCCAAUUCAUAAUGCAUCCUCAAUAUAAUUCUCAGACUCAAGAUUAUGAUUUGUCCCUCAUCAAAUUGGCCAGCCCUGUGACUUUGGGCUCUAGUAAGAUCAACAAAAUUGAAUUGGCCGACAAGGAUACAAACUUCGCCGCUGAUACCAUGGCCACCAUUAGUGGUUUUGGUGCCAUCAACGGCCAAUUGCAAUUGCCCAAUAAGCUGAAAUAUGCCAAAGUUCAAUUGUGGAGUCGUGAUUUUUGUAAUCCCAAAAAUAUUCCUGGCAUUACAGAUCGCAUGAUUUGUGCUGGACAUCCCAGUGGCCAGAUAAGUUCCUGCCAGGGUGACAGUGGUGGCCCUUUGACUGUGGGCAAUAAGCUUUUCGGGGUGGUUUCGUGGGGUUUCGGUUGUGGUGCCCAAGGCAAACCGGCCAUGUACACCUAUGUGGGGGCCUUGCGUUCUUGGAUCAAACAAAAUUCGGGAGUAUGAGUUGAGAUCAAAUUAUUUUAUUAUUGUC